CCAAGCCAUGAGGUCAAAGGAGCUGCCUGCAGAGGAUUGCCAGGAUUGGUGAAGGCACAGAUCUGGAAAAGGCUACAAAAGAAGUUCUGAAGGCCCCCUUUUCAGGCCUUUGGAGCUGGCUGAAGACCCCAGAACAAUCCCAUCAUCUCACAGCCUAAAUAUGAACCUCCAACUGAAUGAUCCCUGGUCACUGUUCAUGAGAUAACAAGAGGAGAAAGUUACCAUCUUUAUUUGACUUUGUGAUCAUGGCAGGUCACACUUGAAGAACCAGCUGGUAAAAGUCGGGGCCAGCUGUUUACAUCCUUUUGGCCUGAAAGAUAAACAGUUGUCCACAAUGGCCAGUAACUUCAGAAGCUACAUCUGGGACCCGGUCCUUAUUGUGUGUCAGAUUGUGUUGAUGCAGUGCAUCUACUACAGCUUUCUGGGCCUGUGGUUGGCUGGAGUGGACAGUCUGGUACAAACAAGUCGGUCACUGGACCAGAUCUUCAGCUAUGAGGUUCUUGGCUUUGCAACAGUGCAGGGGAGGCUCUCUAUGAUGGCAUUCAUCUUGAACUCUCUUACUUGUGCACUUGGCCUGUGGUUCUUUGUCCGUCGAGGGAAACAGUGCUUGGACUUCACUGUCACUGUGCACUUCUUCCACAUGAUUGGCUGCUGGAUCUACAACUCUCAUCUUCCAGCCGCUCUCUCCUGGUGGCUUGUCAACAUUGCCUGCAUGGCCUUAAUGGCUGUCAUCGGAGAGUACUUGUGUAUGCGGAGUGAGCUCAGGGCCAUUCCAGUCAAUAGUGGACCCAAAUCUAACCUGUGAAUCUUUGUCGACAUCACACUGAAAAUCUGUGGACAGAUGGAGGAUUCUGCCCAGGAGACUCGUUUUGCUAGUUUCAGAAGAAAUGGAGACUGAAUGUGCGUCAGUGUAGGAAUUGGAUAGUGGUCCAUCUCCACUUCAAGUGAAACACCAGACAAACUGAUCUAUUUAUUCAAAGCUAUCUUCUUGUGGUUGGAUAGCAUUAACUCUGUAGCAUAUAAAGAUAAAUGUUUUAAUGCUUUGAGCAGUGGAUGGCAGUUGGCAUCUGUCUCUGAAAUGGUCUAAAAAUGUCUUUCCUAAGAAUUUUAGUUUUGUUUUCAUUUGAUUGCAUUAAAAUAAGCAUCCCAUUCCGUAUCCAUUUUACGAUUUAGAGUAUUUGGUCUUUUCCAGUUAUGUGCACAAACAGUAAGUCAAAGAUUAAAACUUUGUACUGCAGAGCAACAGAUUUCAGAAACACACAUCUCUUCUCUCUUUGGUUAUUUGACCUAACAGCUGUAAGUAAAUAACCAAGCCAUCAUUGCUGUUGGAUGUUUUGAUUGUCUUACUCAAGUUUUAGGUUAAAUCUCAAUAUUAAGAAGUAAAAUACAGCUUAAUCAUUUUUUGUCAUAGCUGCAUCCUAAACUUAAAUGUUGGGUAUCUGGGUCAGCGUUCAGACCGUGAUACUAUACAGUAGAUCUCUAUGAAGGUAGAAGUCCAUGAGUAGGAUAGGACAUUUUUCCAGAUAUUAGAUCAAAUCCUUGCUACUUUACCUAUUUGGACAGAGUUAGUGCAUUCAGCCUCAUAACGCUCAUUUCAGUCCUCCUCUGUCGGGCACAUACUGUACAACAUUUUGCACAGCGAGUGGUGUUUUCCUCUGUCUCUAUGUGUCAUGAUGUAUUAUUCAGACAAGGUGGCCACUUGGGGGACAGUUUGUCAGCCGCCAGCUGUGUUCAGACAGCAGGCUGUGUCUUUGUUUCUGAAACACUUACUGUUUGUUGGGACGCGAUGUGAAAGAUCUGAGAUGUGCAUCUAAUAGUUUCACCGACAAUAUCAGCUUUCUUGUGAAGUAAUGGCUUUUAAAAGAUCUGUUUAAUCUUAUUAUUCUUGUACCAUCUUUUUUAUACUGUGCGGUGAGCGUCACAUCAAACUGUUGCAGCUUUGAUAAUGUGGACUAUGCGGUGGCUUUUUUUGAAACCAAUUUUUAAGUGUUGUUUAAGUACAUCAUCAUGCUGCAAGUGUUGAUAUUUAAAAGUUGUGAAAUGGUUGGCUAUUAUGUUAAGAAAGAGACAUUUCUUUCUUAUUCAGAUUUACAGUGCUUAACAAAUUUAUUAGACCACCUGUCUCAGAGACCAUCCGGCAUCAUGAAGUGCUUAAAUGCAGACUCUUUCAUUUUCAGUGAGCUCUCCACGUUUUAUC